CCAGCUCCACAGACUUGGUUAAAAUAUGAACACGGUGCUCGAAACCCGACAGUUGGGAAGAAAGAGAUUCCAACCCUCGAAGCCUUUCCACUUCAGACUCCAGGGAGAUGAUCCGAGUUUGAAGUUCGGACUCUCGUCGAGAGACCAAACCUUGGAACUCCGUAAGGUUCUGAGGAAGUAAAAGCAGAGUACAGAUUAAGACCUACUCGCAUAGAAAAAGCGAAAAAGAAAAAGAAGAAGAUGAAGGAAAAAGAGCUCACAGUUCUCGCCGUCCAAACCCGCUUGGGAAAGGCUGGGAUUGGAGAGCCAUCCUUCUUCCCAGUUCCGACUGUUCUUCAUAAGUCGGCAGGCGAAAUCUUCAAUGGUCUCGACACUCGGACGCUUAUGCUUAGUGUCCAGAGUCCACUCAUUACUGACAGACCAGAUCUCUUGAGAAGAGCCGGAUGGCCUGGGGCGGACGAAGACAAAACGCUCCUUCCAAUCAUCAGAAUCUUUCGACCCGCCGGAUUGCAUGAGAGUCGAAGCAGAAAUCUCAAGAUUAGAGUAUCCCUUGCAGGCGAGAAGACGGCUAUCUUUCACGAUCCGAGGGGAGAUGGAGAUCCACCCUCCGGGGUCGCGGUUGGUCGUGAAGAAAUAGUCGAAGAGGUCUCCAGUUGGCUCAAUUUUGCCAGAAUGACAAAUAAGGAGGAACCCCAUCAAGUAUCGCCAUCCGAAGGGAGACAGUUGGGCGGGAGCGAUAGUAAGAUGUUGAAGUAGGGUCAU